AUGGUCGGGUCGGACCUGGAGUAUGACACGGAUAACAUCUCGCUCACCUCGACCGUAGAAAGCCAACAUGAUCAGAUUUACGACAUUAAACGCAUCCUUUCAGAAGGAUGGGGCAAGGACGAGCAAGGCGAGGACGUGAUGAAGUACCUCAUUGAAUGGGAAGGCUACCCUAUGAAAGAUUGCACAUGGGAGCCAGAGUACAAUCUCGAGGAGACAGGAUUGCUAACCCCUUGGGCAAAACAAAAAGCGCGCAUGGGUUCAAAGGCUUUCCAAAAGUUCACCGAGGACAACGAAGAUGCGUUCGAAAAAGCAUUUGAGAAACACAAGAGGCUCCAUGCCACCAGGAAGCAAAAGCGCGCCAAGAAACGUAACAGACCCAGACGCAACAAGCGGGUCGUCGAAGACAGCAGCAGCGAAGACGAUGUCACUGAAAGGCAGCAAAACCUGGCCGGUCAAGCCAAGUCCAAGUCAUCAGAAGCAGUCCCCACCCACAAUCAAGAAGUCUACAACAGUCUUUUUGUAGAUAGCCAGGACUCAAACCCCCUUGGACAGCCACCCACUUUAGAUCAACUCGAACGUGACUCUGCUGCUGAAGGCCCACCAGCGGCUCGUACACCAUUCAUAGAAUCCUCGACAGACGAUGGAGAUGACACAGCAUCAGACGACUCAUCAGAUUCUUUAUUGGCUGAGUUGGCCUCAAAGGCGAAGGGCCAGACCCGUUCAAAGUCACGAGGCAAAAAGGCAACAGGUCUUGCCAGCCCGAUACUGGCACCCACGCGUUCACGCCAAAAGGUCCCAAAACCUUCACCCCAGCCAGCAGCGCCAGCCGCAAAUCAGCCAACAGUAGAAGCCGCAGUACAGAAGCCAGCUAAACCUAAUCCCACACCUGCAACCACACCCGCAACCACAACAGUCUCCACCGGUGCUCGUAAAGCACAUGUCUCAGGAGUCCCACCGUCGUCGAGGAAGACUGGAACAGCUUCUAAGGCAGCUCCUCCGAUCAAAUUCACGAAUCAAAAGCAGGAGCCACAGAGGAGUAAAUGGGACACGAAGGGCGUACUGUAUAACAAAGCCCAUUUCAGGGCAAAGGCUGAACAACGGUCUCGUUACGAGGGCACACCUGAUCCCACCGUCCUCGAGUUCGUUGGUUCCGGUCCUCCUAAUCUGGUCAAACCGAAGCCAUCGCGUCCAGUUGAUGACCCUUACUCACGUCGUGAGACUGGGAAUCGUCGCGUGGAGUCAUCGGACGAAGAUGAGUCUACUGGAAGAGGUGGUCAUCAAUAUUUUGACCUCAUGCACGACUGGGAAAAGGAUAAACUCCCUCUAGUCUGUCCUGAAUGGAGACUUAGCAGCAAUUGCCCUUACACCGCCAGGAUCUGCAAAUAUCUGCACCGCAACAAAGACGGCAAUGGUCGUGACAUUGAAGUCGCUAAUAUUGACGGGAAGCUACCGCCGAAGAUGCGCAUACCGCCAGUGACAUGUUUCUACUGGAUGACAGGACCGCGUGGAUGUCGGAAAACUGAUGCGGAAUGCAAAUAUGCACACUACAACACGGGCUGGCUACCAAUCGAAAAUGACACUGCACCGAUACGCAUAGACCCUGACGAAAAACCCUUGAGUGAGCAGAGACAAGAAAUUGCGCGCCCCAGUGCAGGCCGGAUACCAAGCACUAAUCGCAACACCGGACCGAUCCCCACAGGGCCCAAAGAAGGACUACCGAGCGGGCAGAGACCAGUCGCUGGAUGGAAUGUAAAAAAGACCUGCUGGUACUGGGCUAAUGGAGGCUGCGAGAAAUCGGACGAAUUGUGCAGCUUCCACCACUACGAUACAGGCGUCGUUGCGGACUUGGGACGCAGACUCCCUACAAGUUUGGAGAUGAAACUCAAGAUUGAAAAGGUGCUGAAGACAGAUUUUUCGCAUAUGUUCCAAUGGAGCCAGGACGAGGGAGAGAAAAGUAUGCUCGAUCGCAAGGCGUUCCUUCUAUACCAUCCUGUCGAUAACCAGGAGGAACUUGAGCUCAUGACUCGCUGGCUUAUGCUACAUCAUGUAGAAGUGCGCAACGCUUAUUUUGAAGGUGCCUGGAGGCAGUACGCGCGCGAACACGUUGAGCAAAAGUCCAGCUCCGGUAUCUUGGUUGUCCGCGUAUGGUCGGUUGGAAGGCAGGAAGGCAUUGAGUAUGAUCCUGCUACAUCGCUCCCUCCGCCUGAGAAAUGCCAAGAGUGUAUAGAGUUGUUUCCAGCUGGGGGCUUUAUCUACAUCACCGAUGAUGUUUUCGAGGUCCGGCCUCGUCAGGCCUUGGAGAUUGUCAAGCUGUUCAUUGCGAAGAUCGAGAGUUUGCGCGAUCCCGAGUAUGCCCAAAACCCAUGGCAAGAGGUCGACAACAUCAAUCUGCACUGGCGUAUCUGCGUGCGUCCAGAGCUCAUGGAAUACCUCUUCGCAAAGUGUGAAGAGCAGGCGAAGGCACUGGAAGCCGGCGAAUCAGACGCGAUGGCUCGAGCUGAGCUCUACACACUUCUCAGUGACACCGAGUACAUUGAGCAAGACUCGCCCGUCCUGCCACUGAGUCAAAAAGCCGACAAGUUUCCCAUCAUGUCGGAACGUCGCGUCGUUGCUAAGAACGAGCCUAUCGAUUACUUCAACUCGCUCGCUCGCAGCCAUGAGAAGGCUAAUUUGCGCAUGAUCCGCUACUAUACGGCUCUACACAUGGACCUUCGCCGCGACUAUCGUCAUUUCUACAUUGUUCAUACUGACCCAUUCUCUACUCCUGCAAAACAAUGGCUGCGGGAAUGCUCCACCAUUACCGACGUUAUAAACCCCGAGAGGUGCAUACUGGAACUUUCAAAGGACGGGCAUGACGGCGAGGAACGAUGCUUUGACUUCUAUGAGAAGUACUUGAUGCCGACAAAAGACGAGACUGUACCUCUAACGCAGGUCAAACAGGUGACCCUCAUCCAGGAGGAGGAUGUAAUGGAAAGCCAGUCAUCGCUGGAAAGUGGCGAGAUAUGUUCAUCUUGACGAGACCAUCAGGAUCUCUCAGCAGAGUCAAGAGAUUGUGAGGCUUCAUCACUAUUCACUACAGGACAAAACAGCCCGAAAGAAGCAGCAACAUGCUCGGAUUAAAGUUAAAGGCGGCGUUGAACACUUUGCAGUAUACCCAAUGCAUUCAGAUAGCUUCAUGCAUCCGCUUCCCUUAAGAACAAACAAAAAGUACAAAUCAUGUCUACAGUAAGGACUCCAA